AUGACACAGUCCGGCAAGGCCACGGCCGGCGUGCUGCAGAUCCCAGCAACAGCCACACAGAAAUCCACAUCCACGAAGAAGACUCCCAAACCCCCUGCCCCGCGGCUUAAGCUACUUAUUCGUCGCCUGCCGCCAGGUCUGACACAGGUCGAGCUUGAAACAUCUCUAGGCGAUGAAUGGAAGACGGGUGCGGGAAGGGUUGACUGGCUUCAAUACAAGCCCGGCAAGGUUUCGAAGGACCCCGCCAAACCAUCUCGUCCCUCCAGAGCAUACAUCCACCUCACCUCUAACGAACAUGUCACCCCACUCUCGGAUCGGGUACGACAAACCUCAUUCCAAGAUGCCCGCCACACAUCCAACGACCCAGUCCUCUUAGGCCCGCCAUCCCUCGAAUUUGCACCGUACGCAAAAACACCCAGUAGCCGAGUCCGUAAGGACGCCCGACAGGGCACCAUCGACCAAGACCCAGAUUUCAUCGCCUUCCUCGAAAGCCUCACCCAACCGAUCGCCAAACCCGCCCCGGUGGACUCGAUCGAGAACGAGGAGAAGAAAGAAGCAAUCCUAACAACCCCUCUGGUCCAAUAUAUCAAGGACAAGAAGGCUAGCAAGGCCAAGGAAAGUGCCAGCUCGAAGUCUAAGCACGGCCGCGGAGAGAAAGAGUCCAAGCAAGAAAAGGUUCAAGCAAAGAAGCUUCUUCAGCGACCCGACAAGGAAGCCGCCGCGACUACAACAUCUGAGAAGAAGGGCAAGGGCGACAAAGCGAGCAAGGAAUCCAGCAAAGCAGCGAAGCAGGCUACAACUACGACGAAAUCUGGUAAAGCAAGUGCUGCCAGCACACCAAAGGAAUCUACAAAUACCACGGGACCCGAACGAAAGCGAGAACGAGGCAAUGUCGCCGCCGCAGCCAAGAUCUUACAACGUGACCUUGGACUCUCGUCUGCUUCUGCUUCUGCUUCUGCUUCUGCCUCUGGGGGCCGACGGCGCGGAAAGGGUGGAUCGACCGAGGCUGGCACACUGAAGAACGAGAGCUCGCGCGACUCAUCCGUGCCUGGACCUGGACCUGCUGCGGAGGGAAGCAAGAAGGAGACAAACAAAUCAGGCAAAAACUCAGCCAAGGCCAAGGAUGCUGCAAAGGAUGUCGCAAAGAACAAGGACACGGAAACUUCGUCUCGAGUCUCAGAAGCCCAAACUCCUCCCCCAACCGCGAAUACCAACACCAGUACCAACAAUGCGCCUGCGAAACAAGCCAAAGGCGCCAAAGGAAAACCCACCGUCAAUCCCGCACCGACCGCAACACAGGCCUUCCUCAAACACGCCAAUCCUUCGCAGGGCGUGACGGAGCCACUGCUGGAGGAGGCAUUCGGUGUAUUUGGAUCGGUGACGAGGGUAGAGAUUGAUAAGAAGAAGGGGUUCGGGUACGUGGAUUUUGCAGAGCCCGAGGGACUACAGAAGGCAAUGGCUGCUAGUCCGGUGACGGUGGGACAGAGUCAGGUGGUUGUUCUCGAGCGCAAAGCGAACCCGGGAGGAGGAGAGAAAACACGAAAGGGUCGAGGAGAUGGUGCGAAUAAGAAAGAUACCAGUGGUGCAAAGGAUGCCGGUGGGAAGGAUGGAGGAGGAGCAAGUGGUGGUGGUGGUAGUGGUGGUAGUGGUGGAAAUACAGGCUCGUCGCGAGGAUCGCGCGGUGGACGGGGUAAUCGCAACAAAGCAAAGGGAGAAGCCAAAGGAGAAGGGAAACCAGCAGAGAAGAGCGCGAAGCCGAGUGAAUAG